CACAUCAGCAGACCACGUCAGCAGACCACAUCAGCGGACCACAUCAGCAGGCCACGUCAACAGGGAGUGCCACGUCAGCCACCCGGGCCUGUUUAUGCUGACGCGCUCGCAGACAGCCGUCAUGGACCAGAAACCGGGGGAAACGGCGGAGGCAUAUCAGGACCGCAUGCUGGCUUUGAUCAUAGAAGCCAAGCAGCGGGCGGAUGCAGUAGCAGACGCAGAGAAGAAGAAGGCGGAGGAUGCCGAGCAGGCACGACUGCUAGCUCUUGAACAACAGCGUCUGCAGGCCGAGGCAGCAGCGAAGGCUGCAGAUGAAGAACGAUUGAAGCGGCGUGAGAAGAUUUUCAGCGGGGAGCAAGCAUUACUCACAUUGGCAGCGGAAUGCUCCUCCAACACAUCAAACCGCCUGGACGCAUUGGAGACUGACGUCAGCACACUCAAGGACGGCGCACGACUACAACAAACCGCUACUCAACAAUUGGAGCAGCGGGUCUGUGCUGCCACCGCCAGCCCGAGUUCGGGACAGCGCGAGUCAACUCCCAAGUUUGACGGUCAGGAGAUCUUCUGCGAUUCAACAAAGACGGAUCCAGUUCAGUGGUUCUGCAAGUUUGAACUCACGUUGCAGCUGCACCUCGUCAGCGAGUGCAAGCACCACGCGUACUUAUACUCCCAGUCGGGAGGAGCAUGCCAGGCAUGGCUGGACAAUCUCUUGUCCCAGUACGGGGUGGUCGCUGUCGAGUUACACACGAAGAUCAACUGGGAAGACCUCAAGGCGGCCUGGCACAAGUGGUUCCAAGUGGAGCCGCCGGAGAUCAAGGCCAUGGACAAGCUCAUGACCUUCGAGCAAGGCUCGCUGCCAAGCGUCGACUGGAUUGCCGAGUACCAACGCUUGACAUCCGUCCCUGGUCUCCCGAUGGGCUUCAAAGCCAUCAAGCACUACUUCAUUUCGAGGUCGUGCCCGACGUUGAGCAACGCCUUGACGCAUGUCGAGGACACACUGACAACGACGGCGCAACUGUUCGACAAGGCCGCACAGAUUAUCAUCACGAACAAGGAGGCGAAGAGCCUCACUCGUGCUGCGGCAGGCCCGAGCAAGGACCAACAUCGGCCCAAGGUGGCCGUGGUUGCGGCGGCAUCGCCAAGCAGCCAAUCUAGCAAGGCGGAGUCUGCCAAUGAAGGAGACAGACUCGCAGCUGCCCGGGAUGACAGCGGGCUGCCCUACCAAGGGGAAGGGCAAGCAGGGAAACUGAGCGCCGCCGAGAGUCAGUCGACGACACUCUCGACGCCUUCGGAACCAGUUUCUUCACGAGUGACCGGCCAUUCCGGGGCGCAUGCGGAAGUCGACAGUCCUCUUCUCUAUUCUUUUGAGGACUAUGCUGCCCGGCUCGUUCCGGUGCUGGGAUCUUUUGCUCAAGGACAAGACGUGUGUGCGGCAUCUUCUCCGUCCGACAACAGUUCUUCUUCGUCUUCAAGUGGUUCUUCACGGGAUUCGGCGCGCGGGUUCAACAUAGAGGAAUUGGACCCGCUCAAGUCUGGGGAUUUCGCAUGGCUUCCUCUCCCGACCACGGGCCGCUUACCGGGACCGCAAUGCGCAGCACUUUGUGCCCAUCUUCACAAGUACUUGUCCUUCUAUGCACCACCAACUUCGCCGACGGAUGACGAGGUCGCGGUGGGGGACAUCUUGGCAUAUGUUACCAAGGUGGCCCGCGAGUUUCGCACGCAGCGGUACGACGACAAUAAUGCACCGUUGAUGUAUGUCCGCAUCCAAGUUGGGCAGGCGUCCUGCAGCGCUUUGCUGGAUAGCGGCGCGACUCGCAACUUCAUGAGCCAAGCUUUUAUGCAAAGGGCUGGCCUCGGCGCGCAGGUUCGGAGGAAGGCAAACCCGACGGCUAUCAAGUUGGCGGAUGGAAAGACGCAGCAACUUCUCGACCGUUACAUCGAGGCCGUACCGGUGCACUUCGCACCUCAUGCAUGCGAACCGGUCACGUUCGACAUCUUGGACACGGACUUCGAUAUCAUUCUGGGAAUGCCUUGGCUUGCAAGUGUGGAUCACACGGUCAACUUUCACCAGCGGACUCUCACCGUUCGCGACGCCUUCGGCGCUGAGGUGCCGUGUACUAUUCCUCUUCCGCACCCUUCGAUCCGGUGCCAAGUUGUGACGGCCAAAUCGUUCCGAACUACAUCUCGCCACCCUCAGACGGAUGGCCAGACGGAGAGGGCGCACCAGACGACACAGGUUCUCCUUCGCACUCUCAUCCGUCCCGAUCAGAAGGAUUGGGUUGAGCGGCUGCCGGAUGCCGAAUUGGCCUACAAAUCGUCCAUCCACCCGGCUAUUGGGAUGUCGCCUUUCGAGUUUGAGCAUGGCUCUCCGGUCACUUCUCCGUUGGACACCAUCGUUCCACGCACGGCCGAGAGCGACGACCAUCUCCUUUUCUUGCGUCGGAUGCAAGAGCUUCUUGUCAAGGCAUGCAAUCAGAUGGCAAAGACGCAGCAACGCAUGAGCCAGCAGGCCAAUCGCCAGCGUCUUCCUUGUCCAUUCCGCGCCGGCGACCUCGUAUGGGUUUCCGCCGCGGAAUUCAGCCUUGAGCAGGAUAUCUCUCGCAAGCUCCUCCCGAAAUGGAUGGGGCCAUGGCCGAUUGUAGCACCUGCUGGGGAUGCACCUGAGGGACCUUCCUUCACUGUUCAGGUGCCCGCCCACUUGCCCGUCUACCCGGUUUUCCAUUGCUCCAAGUUGGCGCUCUACACACCAGCAGACCUGGAUGACUUUCCCGGGCGACGAUCGCAAGACCCACCCUCUAUGGACGACUUUCAGGAGGUCGGUGACAUCAUUUCCCAGCGACGCUACGGCAACAAGCCGACCGAGUAUCUGGUACACUUUGCGUAUUGCACCCAUCGAGCCGACCGCUGGUUGACCCGUGCGGAACUCCAAGCGACAGCUCCAGAUGUUCUCGUACGGUAUGAACGAAAGAUGCAAGGCAAGCCGGUAUCUUCGGCUCCACGCCUCAACCGCGUCCAGGUUCCACCUGCAGAUCGUCGGCUGCGCCCUCGACCCGGCUUGACUUCAUAAGGAGGGGGGGGUGUUACAUGUUGCGCCUGCACAGGAAGGCCAUUUUCCAGGCCCUACGUUGUUCAAGCUGGAAGCCUGAAUUU